AUGCAUUACGACCCAUUAGUAGCUUUAUCUACAUUAUCACCAAUUGAAAAAUUGUCUGAUGAAAAUUCAAAAAAAAAAUCAAGAUGGGGAAAUAAUGCAAGUAAUUCUUUAGAAAAUAAAAUUGUUCCAAGUAGAUGGGGAGAUGAAAAUUAUAAACCAUAUUUGCCAUUGCCAUUUGUAGAUUAUCCCCCAGGUUUAACACCUUCACAAUUAGAUCAAUUUUUAAGAGAACAAAGAUAUGAUGAAUUAACAAAAAAAUUAAAUAAAGGAGAGUUAGAAUAUGUCGACCCAGAUAUAAGACCUCCAUCACCUCCACCUAUUUAUGAUAAAAAUGGAAAUAGAAUAAAUACAAGAGAAGCCAGAAUUAAAAAUAGUAUGAUUGAAGAACAUCAUAGAUUAAUUGAAUAUUUAUUAAAACAUGUUGAAGGUUUUGUAGCCCCUUCUAAUUAUAAACCUAUUAAAAAAAUUCGUAAAAUUGAAAUUCCAAUUGAUAAAUAUCCAGAUUAUAAUUUUAUGGGAUUAAUAAUUGGACCCAGAGGAUGUAAUCAUAAAAGAUUAGAAGCAGAAAGUGGGGCACAAAUAAGUAUAAGAGGCAAAGGUACACAAAAAGAAGGAAAAAGAACAGACCAUCAAACAGAUAUUGAAGCUAAUAUGCCUAAACAUGUUCAUAUAUCAGCAGAUAAUGAAGAAUGUGUUGAAAAAGCAGUAACAUUAAUAACACCAUUAUUAGAUCCUACACAUCCAUUACAUGAUGAAUUUAAAAAAAAAGGGUUAGAACAAUUAGCAUUAGUAAAUGGAAUCAAUUUAAAUCAAUUAGAAACACAAAGAUGUGCAAUGUGUAAUUCAACAACACAUUUAACACAUGAAUGCCCAGAAAAUAUGAAUAUACAAAAUUUUAAAAAACCAGAAAUUAAAUGUAAUUUAUGUGGUGACCAUGGUCAUAUAACACUUGAUUGUAAAUUAGCUAAACAAAAUAAUAUUAUGAAAAAUAAUUUUGAUGCAUCAAAUAUACCUGCACCACCACCUGACGAUGGAAUGUCACCGACUUCAUUUGACAGAAAAAAUAAUCACCCUUAUAUAAAUAAACAAGAUAAAACAAAAAUGGAUAUUGAAUAUCAAAAAAUGAUGAGCGAAUUAAACAAAGAUAGUGGUAGUACUACUACUGCUAGCAAUAAUAAUCAAAAAGGAAACACAAAAAACAGUGGAAAUAACUUUCCUGCAAGUGGUCUCGUAAAUAAUAUUACUGGCAAUAUAAAUGAUGAUUAUGCAUUUCAUCCAAAUUCUAAUAAUUUUUCAGAUACAACAAAUAGUAAAAAUAAUAAUACUAACAAUUAUAGUAAUAAUAAUAAUAUGAUGCCACAAAUGAACAUAAAAAAUAUGAACAAUCCUAAUUUUAUUCCAUUAGGAAAAGGUAAUAAUUCAUUUAAUGAUGAUUUAAAAAAUGUUAACCAACAAAAUUAUUAUGAUAAUUAUAACACAAAAACGGGUAUAAAUGAUAAUGAACAAAAUUUUAAUGCAAAUAUGAAUUAUCAAGGGAUGAGCAAUAUACCGUUAAAUCAUUCACUACCAAUGUUACCAAAUUUUUUUAAUUUUUCUCCAUUUAUGAAUAAUGCUUUUCCUCAAAAUGGUGCAUUACCAUAUCCCAAUCCUCAGCAAAUGCCUUUGGACCCCAUGUACAUGCAGGCCUUUCCUGGAUGGCCACAAAUUCCUAUGAACUAUUCAGAAGAUUUAUUGGCACAUGCCGCUGCCCCUGAUACAAACCCACCACCUCUUCCAUCAGAAAAUGGGAAUGCCCAAGAAGAAACAAAUGAUAUGUAG